UUCCGAUGUGCCCUCCAUGAUCUCCAUCUCCUCCCCGCUCCAGAGCUUAGGGUUUUGUUGGCUGCGCGGCCGCGUGAGCGAAGGAGCCGCAGAAAGGACUCCUCGGUAACGUCAGUUCACUUACUGAAGCUAUUCUGCAUUACUAAAUGGCCCCACCAGUUAAAGCUGCUGCAAAGAAGCCUGAUGGCAAAGCUCAGGCUCUGAAGGUUGCCAAGGCUGUGAAGUCUGGGGCUUCAUCCCUGAAAAGGAAGGCCAAAAAGAUACGUACUUCUGUAACUUUUCAUCGUCCUAAGACAUUGAAGAAGGAGAGAAAUCCAAAGUACCCCAGAAUCAGUGCCCCUCCCAGAAACAAGCUAGACCACUAUCAAAUUCUCAAGUAUCCCCUCACCACUGAAUCUGCCAUGAAGAAGAUUGAAGACAACAACACGCUUGUUUUCAUUGUUGAUAUCCGUGCAGACAAGAAAAAGAUUAAGGCUGCUGUAAAGAAGAUGUAUGACAUUCAGGCAAAGAAAGUUAAUACCCUGAUCAGGCCUGAUGGGACGAAGAAGGCCUACGUGAGAUUGACACCAGAUUAUGAUGCGCUGGAUGUUGCAAACAAGAUUGGUAUCAUUUAAGCCUGAGAUUCAGCUGUUAACUAGAUGGGUUUUUAUUUCAGCUUUACAUUUUGUAUUAGUUUUUGCAAUGCUGGACUUGAAAACAUCAGUUUUGUUUGCGUUACUUGAAUUGCUUGUUGUUUUGAACAUUUUGAAAACAAACUUGUAAGGAGGAUUCUAGAGUAACUAGUUUUCUAACUUUCAAUCCCUUUUUUGGCACCAGUA